GAAUUGGAGGAGUAUUUCGGUUCUCAAAUCCCAAAAUAUGCCAUCCUAUCACAUUGCUGGGGUGUGGAAGAGGUUGAAUUCCAGCAUAUCAAUGGCUCGGAAUGGCAUGGCAUGUGCGGGGCCACGAAAAUCCAAUAUGCUAGCUCACAGUGCAAAAAAGAAGGUCUUCGUUAUAUCUGGAUUGAUACUUGCUGCAUCGAUAAAAGCAGUAGUGCUGAGCUGUCUGAGGCUAUUAAUUCUAUGUAUGGGUGGUAUGAAGGCUCGGUUGUCUGCUACGCUUAUCUCGAGGACGUCGGGCGCGCAUUAAGUACGCAAACAUCAUACGGCCCUUCAAAUAAAGACAAAACAGUUGAGGAAAGUAGGUGGUUCACCAGAGGCUGGACACUCCAGGAGUUGAUUGCACCAGCAAAGGUCGACUUUUUCGAUAAUCAAUGGCAAUAUUUGGGCAGAAAGGAGGACCUCUCUCCACUUCUGUCCAGAAUUACCUCUAUACCAGAAGAUGUCUUAACAAAACCCGAAAACCGACGAGAUUGUAGCGUCGCAAAGAAAAUGGCGUGGGCGGCAAAGAGGCAGACAACCCGAAUUGAAGACGUCGCGUAUUCACUGUUUGGGAUAUUCGACGUCAAUAUGCCAUUGCUUUAUGGUGAAGGCCGAGGAGCGUUUACCAGGUUGCAGGAAGAGAUAUUAAAGGAGACCGAUGACCAAUCCCUACUCGCUUGGGGCCUAGUUGGGAAUCGCAAUUUGGAUCGCCCGAUGGACACCGGAGUUUUCGCCAACAGCCCAGACGCCUUCCUAGGAUCUGAAGACGUAGUACCAUUUCCCAGCAAGCCGCGGAGACAACCUCAUUCAGUGACAAACAAAGGAGUCCGUAUUGAACUACCUGUAACGCGCAAUACAGAGUCUGGUUUUUACCCCAGAUGUGAAUUUGCCAUACUCGACUGCCAAAUAAAAGAUGACUUUUCUGGCGCUAUUGGAAUUCCUUUG